CAGAGGAAUUCCGGGUAAAAAGAAGACCAGAGAUAACACCUCUACAUGUUAGCAGUUUUGCUCUCCAUGUUGAAUAAAACAGAGAUGAGAAACAAAACCCAAGAAAUGCCUCAUUCCACAAAUAAAGAACUGAUAUUUGGCAUCAUGGUGGGAACUACUGGAAUCAGCUUGCUUCUCUUAUGGUACCACAAGGCUCGUAAAUCAAGGACAGCACUGAAUUUACCUAAAUUUCUUUCUCUGGGUAGUAAGUUUGAUGCGAUGACUUUUCAAGAUGAAAUGUAUAAUGGCCGUGGAACAGUAGCAAUCUUUCAAGGAAGGCAGCUUCAGAUACUGGAGAAGUUAAAUGAAUUACUGACAAAUAUGGAAGAACUCAAAGAGGAAAUCAGAGUCCUUAAAGAAAUCGUUCCAAAGCUGGAGGAAUAUAUACAAGGUGAACUUGGAGGGAAAAUAACUGUUCAUAGGAUAAGUCCUCAACACAGAGCUAGAAAAAGAAGGCUUGCCACAGUUCAAAGUCCCACAACAGGUAAUAGUUCAGAGGAAGCAGAAAGUGAAGGAGGGUAUAUUACAGCUAAUACUGACACAGAAGAACAGAGUUUUCCUGUCCCUAAGGCAUUUAACACACACAUAGAGGAAUUAAAUUUAGAUGUCCUUCUUCAGAAGGUUGAUAAUUUACGUAUGAAUGAAUCUAGCAAGAUGGAGAGUUUUGAACUACUUUGUGACCACAAAGAAAAGUUUAGAGAUGAAAUAGAGUUUAUUUGGAGGUUUGCUCGCGCUUAUGGAGACAUGUAUGAGCUAUCUACUAAUGCACAAGAAAAGAAACAUUAUGCUAAUAUUGGGAAGACAUUGGGGGAAAAAGCUAUUACUAGAGCGCCCAUGAAUGGGCAUUGUCAUCUGUGGUAUGCAGUCUUGUGUGGCUAUGUGUCCGAGUUUGAGGGCUUACAAAAUAAAAUCAACUAUGGACAUCGCUUCAAGGAGCAUCUGGAUAAAGCAAUCCAGUUUUUACCCGAAGAACCUUUUUUGUAUUACCUCAAAGGAAGAUACUGUUAUACUGUCUCGAAACUGAGCUGGAUUGAGAAAAAAAUGGCUGCUACUCUGUUUGGAAAAAUACCAUCCUCAACUGUAGAAGAAGCUUUGCAAAAUUUCCUUAAGGUUGAAGAACUACACCCUGGUUUUUCUAAGUCCAAUUACUUGUUCUUGGCCAAGUGUUACAUCGAUCUUGAACAAACAGAUGAUGCUGUGAAGUUUUGUAAUUUGGCAGUAUUGCUCCCUUGUGUUACCAAAGAGGAUAAAGAUGCACAGAAAGAAGUGAAAAAAAUAAGCACUUCCUUGAAGAGGUAAAUAAAAGAACUCACUCUUCAACAAAUCAGAUGUGGUCUACUAAACUUUGAACUAAUCCAAGUGGCGUUUUUUAUUAUCCCUUUUUCUUUUCUGAUGUAAGGGUAAUGUGCUCAGAUUUGAAGGUAAAACCAUGUUUCUGCAGCAUGCAUUCCACUAGUAUCACUGCGAAACUAAUAAUGUUACUUGGAGAAGUCGAUUUCGCAUAAUGUCAGUACAAAAUGAUCUUUAAACACGUAUGAUUUCUAUUUUUCCUACCAAUAAACUAUAGUCUUCAGAAUAUUUCUUUAAAUAAAAUAUUUAAAUCAAUUCAAUAAAAUGACCUCUAGUGAGUGUCUGAUUAAUGUUUCAGUGGAGACUUGGCAAAACAAAAUUUCAUUAAUGCGAAUGAAAAACGGAAAAAAAUAGGCAGAGGUCAUGAACACAUUGUUGACAGAAGAGGAAAAACAAAAGAGUAAAUAUAUUGUAACCAGUAAUCAGAAAUGUGAAUGGAAUUACAGUAAGGUAAUGUUUUAAUAUUAAAUUAGCAAGGAUUUUUUUUCUUUCAAGAAAUA